AUGGAGGCACAAAGUCGAGAAUAUCGGCCGAGCCUAUACCUCAGAAAGUUCGGGUCGUGUGGUGUGAUUGAAGCCAUGAAGGCCCACCACAAACCUGACGAUGACUAUGACUACCUCUUUAAAAUUGUGUUGGUGGGAGACUCUGGCGUAGGAAAGUCCAACCUGAUCUCCCGUUUCACGAAAAAUGAGUUCAAUAUGGAGUCAAAAUCAACUAUUGGAGUCGAGUUUGCCACACGAAGUAUUGAGGUGGAUGGCAAAACCGUUAAGGCUCAAAUAUGGGACAUGGCGGGGCAGGAGCGCUACAGGGCCAUCACGAGCGCGUAUUAUCGUGGAGCUGUCGGCGCCCUGCUUGUCUACGACAUCACUCGCCAAGUGACGUUCGACAAUGUUGAACGAUGGCUGAAGGAGCUUCGGGACCAUGGCGACCAGAGCAUUAUUAUCACUCUGGUCGGCAACAAAUGCGAUCUUAAGCAUCUCCGCAAGGUGGCUAUGGAUAAGUCUCAAGGCUUCGCCGAAAAGGAGGGCUUUUUCUUCAUAGAGACAUCUGCAUUAGACGCCACCAAUGUCGAAGAUGCUUUCACACAGAUCUUGACAGAGAUCUACUGGAUGAUGACUAAGAGAGCACUGGCGCCAGACGAAGAUAGUUAUCAGCCAGGUCGCGGUCAAACCAUUGACAUAAAUGCACCUCAGCCUGAGAAGAAGGUUGAAAGCUCAUGCUGUGGUGCAUCGGGUGAGCAGAUGAUUGUGGUCACGGCCGUCGAGCAGCUCGUCAUAUUCGUCGUCCUCGCGUUUCUGCAUGUUUUCGUCUCCCUCUUCCUCCGCCGUUCAGACGGAUCCGUGCGGCGAUGGCUGGAGGACAACAUGUUUAUGUCCACGCCAUGCAGCGAAUCGUUCACGGGCGGCGUCGCAACGCGAAACGUGGUGAUAAAUCCCCGCACCGGCCUUUCAGCUCGCCUAUUCCUCCCACGCACAGACCUAGUUGCCGCCUCCAUGGGGGUGCGGGCAUCCGUCGGCCUGACUUGCUACCGCUUGCUGCGUCGCUACCUGCCCGCGUGGUGCUGCCUGCUGGCGCACGACUGGGACGAGGAACCCGUUGCCGCCGUUCACCCUGUGGAAGACGCUGACUUCACCCACCUCGCAAAUGGGACUGCCGCGGCACCUGGUGCCGCCGAGGUAGCGUCAGCGUUUCGCCAGCAUGUCAGCGUUUGUUCAGAGCCAUUUGCGCACAGAGCCCGUUUGCCAGUGCUGGUUUUCUUCCACGGCGGCGGCUUCAUGUACUGUACUGCCGCCUUCCGCGCCUACGACUUCUUUUGCCGCCACCUCGCGCUCCUCGCGGGCUGCAUCGUGGUGAGCGUGGACUAUCGCCGCACGCCCCACAGCCGCUUCCCCGCGCCGUACCUGGAUGCACUCGAGGCUCUCGCGUGGGUGGGACAGCAGACCGGCGCUUGCAAGGAAGACGGCAUGUGCCUGGCACAGGGAGGUGUGCGGAGGGAAGGGGAGGAACGGACUGGCAGGGAAGCGACAAUGGAUAAUAUGAUGGGAGCGGAGGAAUGUGUCGGUAAGACCGGAGGAGUGGAGCCUUGGCUGCGGCUUUACGGCGACAGCAGGCGAGUGAUGCUCAUGGGUGACAGUGCGGGCGGUAACAUCGUGCACAACGCACUGCUCAUGCUUCUGCAACCGUCGCUGGACUUGGCAUCGCCGGUAGGCGGCUCGCCACUGCACCACGCAGCAACGCAUGCAGCGGCGGAGACAUGUAAGGCUCCUGGUGAAAAAGUAACGCCAACAGCUCCUUCUGACAGUACCGCCUGUAGGCACGCAGGACAUGGGCAGCCAGUGACGGCGUUCGGGCUAACUAUACUGGGGAGUGUGCUCAUCUGCCCUUACUUCGGGUCCGAGAAGCGGACUAAGUCAGACACCCAGCGACAGCACAACCUGACGUUCAACCUGCGCAACACUGACCGGGCGUGGCGAGACUUCCUCCCGCCGGGCGCCUCGAGAGACCACUAUGCCAGCAACCCGUCGAAGCUGGCGGACAGCAGCGCGUUGGCGCGGUUUCCUCCCAUGGUGGUGGUGGUGGCGUCGCAGGACGUGCUGCAUGACCACGGCGUGGCGUAUCACGAGCUUAUGCGCCGCCACAACGCCCCCUGCACCCUGCUGCGCUUCCAGGCCGCUCACGACUUUGUGGUCAUUUUCCCGAAGCUCAGGGAGAGUGAGAGAUGCUUUGGCGCGCUCUCGUGCUUUAUUGAAACGCUGAGGGGCAUGUGA